UUCCCCACAACGAGGGCGUUCGACCACCGGUGGUGGGAGGUGUAUGACGACGUCUACUCCAUCCUGCACCGCCAGGCGCUCAAAUCCUCCAAGUCCGCCUCCUCCUCCGCCUUCAACUCCCGCUCCACCCUCGACACCACCGCUGCUGCCACUGCAGCUGCUGCUGAGAAGGCUGGUGGUGGGGGGAGUGGAGGGGUUGGGGGGGCGGGGGAGAGCUUGGAGGCGGUGGCGACUGCUGCCCGGCUGGCAGCAGCAGCGGCGGCAGCAGCAGGGUCGCCCUCGGAGCCGCCCCAGCUGGCGCCGCAGUGCCAGCGGAACUACAUGGCGUAUGCCCGCAAGGCACCGAUAACGGACAAGUUCAGUGUGAUCAUCAACUGCUUUGACCGCUUCGACCUGAUGCUCUACUUUGUGCGGCGCUACGCGCGCUUUGAGUUUGUGCACAAGGUGUACAUCGUGUGGGGCAACACGCGCGUGACGCCCUUCCACCCCGCCUACUUCAACGUGUCCAAGCCCGUCGAGAUCCUCUACUCCGGCAUCGACUCGCUCAACGACCGCUUCAAACCCAUCCGCUCCCUGGAGACAGAGGCAGUGCUGAUGUGUGACGACGACAUCGAGGUGCAUCCAGGUGCGCUGCGAGUGGCGUUUGAGCGGUGGCAGGAGGAGAAGUACCGCCUCGUCGGCUUCUUCCCGCGCGCGCACUACCGCGAGGUCAACGGGCCGCGCAGCGGGCAGAUGACAUACGUGCUGACGCCGCGGCAGGAGUACAGCAUCGUGCUCACCAAGAUGUUCCUCAUGCACGGCGACUACCUGCGCGCGUACACCUGCAUCAUGCCGCAGCGUGUGCGCGAGUAUGUGGAGCGCAACAAGAACUGCGAAGACAUCACCAUGAACUUGGUGGUGACGCAGCUGUCGGGGCUGCCGCCGCUGCUGAUGGAGGACCCCACCAAGCUCGACUACGGCACGUCGUCCGGGCUGUCGUCCCGCGGGAGCCACGACAACUCCAGGUCCGUGUGCAUGAACGACAUUGCCAUCAUGCUGGGGUACAUGUCACUGCGCAACACAUCCGAGGCCGUCACCUACUUCGAACGAGACAAGAUGGUCAAGGUGGUGAGACGGCGGCGGCUGAGCACGGCGGCGCACAUGGUGUUUGAGCCGGUGUUUGACGCGUUUGAGCACCGCGGCAGCAAGCAGUUCCUGAAGCAGCUCACCUUCCAGCACCCCCUCAUCACCACGGAGAUCGCCCAAGUGCCCACGCACACCGUCAACCGGCACGUCAUGUGCAUCAAGGGGGACAACGACGAGGACAUGGACGACCCGGCGCGCAACCAGUACACGCUGCUCGACUUCGCCUCCGUGCCCCCGGACGCGGGGCACCUCUCAGGCAGCACCUUCAUCGCGCACAGCCAGUGGGGCUUCGAGGGCCGCUUCACACUGCUGCACCUCGCCUCCUCCCUCGCCACGUGGCGCCGCUCCCACGGCUGCUUCGGCCCCGCCCGCCUCAUGCUCUUCCAGGAUGGCAUGCUCCGCACGCAGAUAUCAGCGUGGGCCAGCAACCUGCUCAAGGCAGUGCUGGGGCCGGGAGCAGCGCCGCCGUUCAAGCCACCGGACGGGGUGACGCCGCAGUGUCUGGAGAACGCGGUGGUGCUGCGGCAGCGCGACACCUUCAACGCCGAUGAGUGCAGCAGCGACGCUCAAGAGCUGCGCCGCAUUGUCCGUGCCUUCUGCCACACGCGAGUGCCAGCAGUGGCAGCAGCAGAGGACCCCCCGGCACUGCUGGGCGAGGAGGGCAUGGACGUGCGCAUAGCGUUUGCGGGCGACGCGGACAACUGGGCGCGCAUGCCGUGGUUCAACUUCUCCCUCGCCGCCACCUGGAUCCGCCAGGAGUGCGCCGUCUUCUCGCUCUCCUGCCAGGUGGCCACCGUGCCACGAGGGGAGUUCUGCCGCGUCAAGGUUUUGGGCCUGGGCCGAGCGGACAUCGUGAUUGGUCCGUGGGGAGACCGGGCUUUGGACAACAUAAUAUUCCUGCUGCCCGGAACAGCGGUGCUGGAGCUGUACCCAUCGAACGCGCAUGAGGAGGACCGCAAGACCGCCAAGCUCGAGGCCGAGUGCCUUGACCUCGCCUAUGAGCAGAUGCGCAUGGACGUGGCAAUGAAGGACGUGCUGUCGUGGGUGAGCAAGCACCUGGAGACGCUGGGGCGGCGGCAGAAGGGCGGCGCAGAGGAGGGCGAGCCCACCUUCCUCGAGACCUGCGUGCACCGCAACCUGCGCUACUGA